AUGAAAUUCGUGCUGCAAUCGCUAACAAUACAUGUCACAAACUAUGACGCGAAAUCGCGAAUGAUGGGAGGCAGCGCGGAGAAGCGCAAGCACAACGAAAUGCUAUACUGCACGCCGAGUACUAUACGCGCGAUCAUAUGCGGCCCGUCGAAUUGUGGUAAAACCAACAUUCUCAUAAGCUUGCUCGAGAGUCCAAACGGCGUACGUUUCGAGAAUGUAUACGUCUACUCGAAAUCGUUGCAACAGCCAAAAUAUCUCGAAAAUUUAUUUACGUCUAUCAAUGAAAUCAGCUACUUUAUAUUCUCCAACAACAGCGAUGUCGUUCCACCGAACGAGGCGCGCUCAAAUUCUAUUUUUAUCUUUGAUGAUGUAGCAUGCGACAAGCAAGAUGCGGACGAUCCCAACGAGCUGAUGGAUCGUCUACGAUUGCUCGACGCUUCAUUGAGUAACAACGCUCACAACGAGAUACUGUCGAUUAUCGAGGAACUUCGCGAAGCCGGUCUUAUAGACGAAACGAGUCAGUCGAGUGGUGCUAAUAUCAUCGAGGUGCGUCCAUAUUCAUGUCACCAUUGUAUACUCAUCGUCAUCGAUGUGUUGAGCAAGUACGCCGUACCGCUCAAGAGCAAGGGUGGAAGCGAGACGGCUAAUGCUAUCGCUGAGAUAAUUCGAGCGAGUGGAAGAUGUCCAAAAAAUUUAAAACGGUUGGGGAAAGAAUUUUACAACGCUGUGCAGAAAAUCUUGAAAAAACACGACGUUAAUCACUAUUCCACGUAUUCGACGUUGAAAGCGUCAGUAGUCGAGUGGUUCAAUCGCACGCUCAAAAACGAGUGGAAGAUGUUUACGUUCAACGGCAAUUACAAGUGGAUUGACGAGCUGCCGCGUCUCGUGUCAGAUUACAAUGCGCGCAAGCAUCAGACUAUCGGCAUGCGAUCUGCCGACGUAACUUCCGCGAUCAUCGAAAGACACUUGAACACGGUGUACAGCACAAUAAAGAUUGCUGAUCUGUCAAAAUUUAAAGUGGGCGAUUCGGUACGCGUAAGCAAGUACAAGACGAUUUUUGAGAAGGGUUACACACCAAAUUGGAUCACCGAGGUGUUUACAAUCGUUAAAAUACAGCGUACCAAUUCCGUAACCUAUCUAUUCGAGAACUACCGCGGAAAAUCCGUUGGAGCGUUUUACGAGGAUGAGUUGCAUCGCGCUACUCAUCCGGACGUGUAUCUCAUGGAGAAAGUACUGCGCCAGAAAAGAGAUAAGGGGCUGGGAUUCGAUGGAUCGCACAAUUCAUAG